AUGCCGAAGAAUAAGGGAAAAGGAGGAAAGAAUCGUAGAAGAGGAAAGAACGAGAAUGAUGUUAUGAAACGAGAGCUGAUCCGUCGUGAUGGAGAUGAUCAAGGUAAUUUUAUGUUUUUGAGGUUUAUUAGUUUAGGAAGUGUGUUUCUGUUUUGUACAAACCAAAGCAAAUUCAGGUUAUGUAAUAUUCGUUAUUUUUUAUAACAUUUAUUGUUCACUAACCACGUAUGAGAUAGUAAUUUGUUUUGCUUGGUUUUGCACUAGACUUUUUCAAAUAUGUCUAUUUACUUGGUUUUUUGGGGUUGUAGAAUGUUUUAGAUUUUAUUUUGUGUUAAAUACCAUGAAAAUUAUCAAAUUUACAAAGUUGUUAAUGAGGAAAUAGUUUUACUUUUUUAUUUUUUUUUGUUUUAACUUUUUUAGUAUACAGCAAAAUACAUAAUGAUAAGCACCUUUUAAAAAUAUAUGUAUAAGGUUUUAUUUCUAUUAUAUUUAUAUUUCAGCUUACGCCCAAGUAACGAAGAUGCUGGGGAACGGCCGUCUAACUGCACAAUGUUUUGAUGGUAAAGAACGAUUGUGUCAUAUCCGUGGAAAACUGCGUAAAAAGGUCUGGAUUAACACUGGUGACAUUAUUCUAGUCGGUCUUCGUGGCUACCAAGAAUCCAAAGCCGACGUCAUCUUGAAGUACACUACUGACGAAGCCAGAAUCCUCAAAAACGAAGGUCAGUUGCCAGAAUCUGCUCGACUGAACGAAGGAGAGGAACAAAAUGAGGCCGAUGUGGAGUUCGUUGACUUUGGAGAUGACGAUGAAGAGGAUGAGGAGGGCGUGAGAGCUCAGGAUCGUGUUUACGAUAUCACAUCAUCGGAAUCUGAAUCUGAAGACGACGAUGAGUCAGAUGAAGAAGAAACUCAAGCUUCAGCUCCAGAACCGUCUAAGAACAAGGUACCGACCAAGCCAAAGUGGGAAGAGUCGUCCGAAUCUGAAGAAUCGGACGAUGAAGAGGAAGAAGAUCCGGAACUAAUGGCUGAGAGAGGCCAAUUUAAGAAACCUGGAGGCCGUGAACGAUACGGCAGAGCCACGAAAGGAAAGAAGGGAAAGUAAACGAUCUUCCAUGUUUAAAUUCCAGACUGUUUUAAUGGUAUUUGUUUGAAAAUGCGAUAAAUAAACUAAUCUGAGAAGUUGGCUGCUAUCAAUUUUAUUCUUAAAGGUACUUUUUAAUGAAGAUGCUUAUAAAACUGAGAUUUUUUAAAAAUAUGUUUUUAGUGAUAUACCAGUGGGCAAGUUACUUAUACUAGACAUAAAAAGUUGCGUGAACUUCCAAAGAAACCGAAAUAAAUUAGUUGUCAAGAUCCGAUUCGGAGACAAGACUGGAUUCUAAAAUAAUUCAAACGAAUUUCAAAAUUUAGAUAAGCGCGAGGAUAACAAUUGUUAGCUUGUUGCAGUAACGUGAAAUCUUGUCACUUCGGACGCCGCAUAUUAUUCUGGAGCUUGUUCAAGUUUCCUGGUGUUCAAUAAAAAAAUUUUUUUUAAUUUUUGUUUUUAACUUUUUUUUGAAAUUUACUGUUAUCGUGAGCACUAUCAGUAUGUUUAAUAGGCAAAUAAUUUUAGAAUGGCAAAAACUUUGUGGGCCAAAUACCGUCAGUUCGUCUUGAACAACUACAAGACCAUCAUCAUAUCAGCAUGUGCUGCCUAUGCGUUGGUAACCUUGGCUUCUUCAAUGACUUCUACACAUUCAGCAUCGACUCAGCGACACCAUGUCAUCAGAGAUGUUAGUAAUCGUAUUGAGAAUGACAAUUCUUUGGUUUCUGGAGAGUCAAACUUGUCGCAAGAACAUGAAAUGAAGAAUGGUGAAUCGUUGGGCUACAAGGUUGAAGGUGAAAGUAGUACUGUCAACUACCCAGCUUUGGCUGUGACUGACUUCACGUCGCCUACUUUUGAUGAAGAUAGUACUACGGAUGGAUCUAGUAGUACUACAGUUGAAAGUGAUAGCGAUAGUACUGUUUCUGUUGAUUGUAACGACGGAUCUAGUACUUUGUCAGCUCUUGAGAACGGUAGCACAUCUACUGCUGAAUACGAUGCUAGUAGCACUUCUUCACCGUCUGAACAAGACGGAAGUAGCACAUCUUCAGCUAGUCUAGAUGAAACUACAGCUUCUGAAUAUGCCGUCACAGGCGAUUCGACAACCGAAACUACAACAUCAGACGUCCCUCAAGCUUCUACUGAUGUCGCUAAUGCUGUAGUUACCGAACCUGUUGUUGAGAGUCUGAACAGUGCUGAUGCUGAAGCAACGGUCGCUCCAUUAAGAGAUGUUGUUGCUGUCAACGAUGCAGUUAAUGGUGAGAUCACUGCUACUUCAGAAGUUACUUUGAACGAUAAACCUUCUGAACACGGUACAACAACUGUGGCAGCCGACGGAACUUCUGAAACGACAACUUCUGUCUCAGAAAGCACAACCAUUUUUGAUUCUGAAGGAACAACAGCUUUCAUUUCAGAAUCUGAAUCUACUACUCAAAAGUAUGAGAUUCCAGAAGCCGAAGAGGAAAUUCCAGAAGCUGAAGAAGAAGAAAAAAGAAAUUCUGAAGUUGACGGUGUUAAUCUAGCAGCACUAGAAGAACCGAGUAACGGUCAAGUAGAAUCAGAAAACGAUGCCACUACAGUAAGUGAAAAUUCAGAAUUGACUACGACUCAAACUUCUGAGAAUCAGGAAUCUACAGUUACUGAAAAUCAAGCUACUGAAGCUGAGGUUGUAGAAGGUACAACAACAACAAGUUCUCUUAGUGACGGAAGCUCAACCACGUCAUCAGAUUCGUCUUCUUCAACAGAUGGAUCUUCACCAUAUUCAGACAUUUCUUCUACAACAACCGAAGCGUCUUCAGUAGAAAAUUCCGGAGUUAAGGUAGAAAAAGAAACUCCAGAAGGCUUGAAAGAGUUUUCUGAUGAUAAAAUUGAAGAGAUUUCAGUUGAUGACAUCAAAAAACAGAUUGAAGACAAAGUUGUGAACACUGUCAGUGAUAGCAAAACCUCAAAACUUAUCAAUGAAUUGGAAAUAGCAGCUACUGAAAAGAAUAUUAACGAUGCCACAACCUCUGACAGUAAAAUCGAGAAUAUUGAAGUGGUUGACAGUGUAGAUGUAGAUGCUAAGGAAGAAAAGAACAUUGAAUUGGGAGUUGUGGAACUUGAAAAGGUAGGAUUAUAUCAUAGUUCAAUUUACUUUUCAAAGUAAAGAAGCUUAAAUUUUAUAAAAAAAAGUUUAAAUUUCGUAUUUUAAAACGUUUUUCAAACAAUAGUAUUUAUAAACAAAAACACAUUAUUUUCACUUAAAUAUUACUGAUAUAUUGAUGAAUAAUACCGUAUGAUUCUUUUAGGGAAAUGACAAAGUAGCUCCACCAGACUUCUAA